AUGGUCCAGUGCAAGCUAAGUGGAUGCAACUUUGAUGAUGCUGACGUGCUGAAGUGGUGUCACUCGGAUCUUCCCAAACUCUUGGAGGAAAGCAAUGGGCUGCAACUGAGGGAGCUGGAUUUCUCAAGAAACCGAAUCACCUCCAAAGGAGUGGAGCACCUAGUGAAAGCAAUGAAAUCGCUCAAGGUUACAGCAGCCCGGGUAAAGCUCUACGACAACUUGAUUGAGAGCAGUUCAGAGUUGGUUGACCUGAUCACGUACUCGGGGGGCGAGCUGCAGGAGCUUCACUUGUCCCACAACUUGCUUGGCACCACCUCCAUCCAGGACAUCAUCAUGGCAGUUCAUCACUGUUCCUCGGCAGGAGGUCGGUGCUAUCCACUGAGGGGAUGGCUGCCUUUGUGGCUCCGGGUAGAACGGAACCUGGCGAGCAGCGCAGACCUGGUGAGUGGGCUCCGUUUAGCCCUGGCAAAGGACGGACUGAAAUUCUGGGACGUCAUCUGCGUGGUCUCCUGGGAUGGACCCUGCAGCCCCAGAUUUUGCUAUCAAUGUGGAUGGAAUUGGCAAGCCAAGACUAAAAUGCCCGCUGUUCACUUGCUUUAUGAGCCACAAACCUGCAAGGCGCAGGCAGCCCGUGCGCCAGGUGCAAAGGCAUCAGAUGCAGGAUCCGAGCCAGCCGUGGCUAGCAGCCAGCUUCCCAUGACCGAGUUGGUAGAGGUGCCUCUUGUUUGCCAUCUUGCUUCAGAUGAAGUCGCAUCGUCAACCGGGCCAACAGCAUCUGCCACAAGAACUCCACAACUUGUGCCGACGGAAAGUCCUGACCCUCCUCCUGAGAUCUCUUUGCCUUCAGGAUGCCAGGAGACACUUGAGUUGGUCGUGCACGAGCCCAAGCAGUCACCGAGUCUCGAUGCUGUUGGCGUGCUCUGUGGUCCGAGCUGCUGGUCAGGCGACUCGCGCUCUGCUUUUCCGGUUUUUUGGCAAGCGGGCGCGGGGGCGAGCGCUUUUCAAGCCAUGUGGCAGAGAUGGGUCAGGUUGUGGGGGCAUCUGGCCAGUGCUGGGGCUGGGCCCAGAUCCUCCUUCCCUCUCCCUUUGCCCGCGCAGGUGUCUUUUCCGGUGUCCGAAGCGCCUGUGACCAAGGUUUACGAGGGCACCUUGAAAAGAUUCAGUGCAAGACAUGGGUAUGGCUUCAUCAGCAGUGCUGCGGUCAAGGCCCUCUACUCCCGUGAUGCCUUUGUUGAUGGAGCCCUCUUGCCUGCAAACGUGCAGCCUGGAGACAAGUUCCUCUUCGAGCUGACUCUGAGUGAGAAGCAGCACCCAAAAGUACUGCGCCUCUGGGGGCCACCUCGAGCCCUACGCCACUUGCCAGAGAAGCAUGGAUUGGUUGAGGUAAGUCCUGCUGAUGUUCGGUUCACGCAUGAUAGCAUCAGUCCGUUCUUUUCAUGCGGGCGUCGACUCGUCGACACAUAUGACGAGCUGGUGUCGGGCAGAACAUCCAUGGCACAGAUACCGUUGAUGGAGAUUGCCGUGAGCCAUGGCAAGCUGUGGACGCGCACGGGAAACAGACGCCUCUGGGUGUUUCGCAAGCUCUACGAAGGUGGCUUCAUAGAAACAGUUUGGGUGAAGAUCAGCUCUGAGGAGAUAGCAGCAUGGAAGUUCACCACGCAGAACGACGGGGAAGCAGUGAGAGUAAGAGAUGCGCAUGCUCUUCACCCAUGGUCAUCACCCAUUAGGAGACUGACCGUCGUUGGUUCUUGCUUCAAGGCGUCCAAAGGAGACGUUCAGGCUUGUGUGGCUGCUUUAGACUGA